ACACACAUUCAUUUAUGUAUGAAUGAAUAAUAUAACCUUUUUUUAUGGCGCGUGUUUUUACUGAAUAGUAAAUAUCACAUAUUUAAAUCCAAAAAAUAAUUAUUGCAUCUGAUAUGUGAAAAGCAGCAACUGUAUCUGAUAUUGACAUUCUUAAGGAAACGUACAACGAUAAAUAUAUACAUAAUUAUAAGUAUUAGAAUAUGUUGCAGAACGUUUUGAAAUCGAAAUUUGGUUACGACAAUUUUAAAAAUGAUAUUCAAAAACAAGCAAUUAAUGCCAUUCACAAAGGAAAGCAAGAUGUAUUUGUGUGUAUGCCGACUGGUUCUGGAAAAUCUCUCUGUUUUCAAUUACCAGCAAUAAUGAGAGAGCACAAAGUUGCAAUUGUCUUUUCACCACUCCUAGCUUUGAUGAAGAAUCAAAUAGAUUUUUUAGUGUCUAAAAAAAUUAAUGCCUAUUCCUUGAAUUCUACUACAUCGAGCAAAGAAAGAAAUACAAUCAUGGAAGAUCUUAUGUCAAAUUCACCUAAAAUUAAAUUAUUAUACGUCACUCCAGAAAUGGGAGCACAACAGCAUUUUCAGGAAACGAUAACCAAAUUGAAUAAAAAGAAAACACUUUCUUACUUUGUUAUCGAUGAAGCUCAUUGUUUAAGUGAAUGGGGUCACGAUUUUAGGCCAACUUAUAGACAAUUGGGAGUUUUUAAGAAAUUGUGCCCCAAAAUACCUAUAAUUGCAUUAACAGCGACUGCUGCAAAACAGGUGAAAGAUGAUAUUCUCCAAAGUUUGCAUAUGAAAGAUGCAUUGAUAUUCUCUCAGCCAGUUUUUCGUUCUAAUCUAUAUUAUGAUGUGUGGUUCCUAGAAACAUUAGAGAAACCAUUUGUACACUUGAAAAACUUUAUUUUAGAUGCAUUAGGUCCUUCAGAUAAUUCUAUUCCUAUGCAUAAAAGGAACUGUGGUAUUAUUUAUUAGAAAAAGGAAACAACUGAAAUUGUUGCACAUAAAUUGACUCUUGCUGGCAUUACAACACUAGCAUAUCAUGGGAGUUUGAAAGCUCAAGAACGUAAUGAAGUACAAAAUAAGUGGACAACAGGUGAAGUACCUGUUAUCACAGCAACAUGCAGCUUUGGAAUGGGUGUUGACAAAGCAUCUGUUAGAUUUGUAAUUCAUUGGACAGUACCUAAGAAUAUUGCAGCAUAUUAUCAAGAAUCAGGAAGAGCUGGCAGAGAUGGCAAUCCAGCAUAUUGCAGAGUUUAUUUUAGCAAUGAAGAAUACAAACCUAUUUCCUUUCUUAUCAAGGAGGAAAUUACGCAUAAAUCUUCAGAGCUUGCAAAAAUUAAAUGGCAAGAUUUUGAAAGUGUUGCAUACUGUUUAGAGGCAAAAUGCCGACAUGCAGUAUUUUCCAAGUAUUUCGGAGAUUCUCCUCCGCCUUGCAAAAACAGAUGCGAUAUAUGUAACAAAGACGAAGUGCAAGCGAAAAUUGCUCAGUUUGAAAUGUGUACAACUAAAAAGUGCCGAAGUAAUAUAGGCAGUGUAAUGCAAAUGAAUUAUGACGACGGCGAAAUUGAUGGAUUUGAUGAGCCAGAAGAAUCAAGAGAGAAGAUUAUAGCAGCUGAAAAACGAGAAAGAAAAGAACUUAUUAUGGAACAAUUUGCACUUCGACGCAAUACAUCUAAAGAGGAGAAAAUAAAGCGACAGAACAUUGCACACGCGAAAGUAGCGCAUGUUCGUGCAGCUGACAGUACAGAUAAAAAAGUCAAAGGUUUAACUGUUCAAGUGCGAGAACACUUGUACAAUGAAUUAAAAGUAGCAUUAUUUGAAAAUUAUCAACAUUCGUCAAACGAUAACAAACAACUUCAGGAAAAGGAUAUUCAUGAUAUAUCUAAUAACAUAGAAUAUAAAAUAUUCUCCAGCGUUAGGGUACCAAAUAAAUACAAAUUUGAUAUGUCUAAAUUGAUUUCAUCGAUACGAAAAUGUACUGAUGAUAAUACUAUUUACGAAGCAAUACGUGAUUAUAAAGAAACAGAAUAUCAUGAUAUAGAACUUAACAAUUCUAAUACUAUCAAUGUAUUAAAUAAUGAACAUGCAUCUGAUGUAGCUAAAAUCGAAUUUAACAAGAACACUUCAAACGAAUGUAGUAAACCGAUUUUCCCUUCUACAUUCAAAACUGCAUUAGAGAUUUUAAAUGAAGAAAAGCUACAAGCAUCAGGCAAAAAUACAAUUCAAUCAAAGACACUAUCUGUUAAAAAUGUCAAAAGAAAUGAAAUUAAAAAUGAAACAUCUAUUGAUUCUAAUAGUAUACAGAAAAAUGUAUGUGAAAAUGAAACAUCACUGAUGCAAAUGUCAAAUGAUUUUGUCUGUGCACGAAAAAUUUAUGAUAGCAGCGUAUCUAAAUUGAAUACAAGUUCUUCUAAGUCCAAAUCUAAUACAAGCUCUUCUAAAUCAAAAGUUCGCAGAAGUAAAACAGAUAAAGGUAAAGGUGUAAAGAAAACUGGUAAAACAGUUUAUGAACAAAUUUUAGCAUCAGCACGAUCAGUACCAAAGAAGACUGCAGAUAAAAGAGAUAUUUUUGUUGAAACAGAACCAAUUGACAAUGUUAUUGAGUGUGUUAAAAACAAGGAUGAAAUUAAGAAUAGAAAUAAAAAUAAAGAGAUUGAACUUAUUAAACAUCAUGAGGAUGAUAUAAAAUCUACUAAGAAAAGAAAAAUUGUACAUAAUGAAUUUAAUGAAGAAACAUUUAACCAAAAUAUCGAUAAAAGAAAUUUAGAUGAUAGGAUUGUAACAGAAGUAGUUACAAUAGAAAGUACAGAUACGAAUACUAACAUUAUUAAUACUAUAAAUAAUGACUUAUUGAUGUUGAAAAAAGAUAAAACUAAGAAACAUUUUGAAAGAGAAGUUAAUACAGAAUUAAAGAGAAAAGAAAAAACUGCUGAUUUAUUUCAUUCAAAACAACAUGAAAAGAACAAAAGUAAUAAUAAACUAAGAGUACCUGCAGAUAAAGUUACACAAUUUAAAACAGCAGAAAUUUUAAAAUCGUAUUUAAUGAAAUAUUAUCGAUCAGAACGUCUUCCAGAUAAAGCAACGUUCUCAAAAACUUGCAGAGAAAUGCACUACAUUAUGUUAAGAAAAAAUAUUUGAUAAAGAAGAAAUACAUAAUUUCGUUACAAGCUUUAUGAAUCAAUCUUGAAAAUUUUUUUAUUAAUAUAUCUGACGUAUUGUUCUAUUUAUUGUUAGGUAAGCAACAACAUAAAAAUAACUCUGUUCUUGAAAUAAAUAUAUCCCUUUUA